CUUCCCGGACUCACAUCGGGGAAAAGAGGAGCUUCCGGUUGGGUUCACAAUCGAUGAAGCCUCUUUUAGUUAUACGGACUCGUUAAACAGCAGCUUACUGUGUGGGUUGUGAAAGUGACGGCAUAUAUUUAAACAAAACUGUAGGCUACGAGUGGACCGGGAGAGCAACCCUCUCGAGGAGUCCGGAAAAAAGAGGUGAACGGGCAGUUGACCCAACAAGUUCUGUGGAGGAAACCGGGAGGAACCAAUUCUUAACAUGCCCGUGGCAACAUCCAACUCUGACUCCACCAUGCAUCAGGCCUUGGACACACUGAGUGACAGCACAAGCUCCACAAUGGCCAACGACCUGGACCUCAUCUUCCUCAAGGGCAUCAUGGAGAGUCCAGUGGCCCACGAGCAGUUUGAGGAGCCCAAGCUGGAGGCUGUGAGGGACAACAACAUGGAGCUGGUCCAGGACAUCCUCAAGGAGCUCAACCCGCUCUCUGACCGGAGUCUUGCUGUGGAAGAGCUGGUCCGCAUCCUGAAGGAGCCUCACUUCCAGUCCCUCAUGGAGACUCAUGAUUCUGUGGCGUCCAAAAACUACGAGACACCUCCCGCCAGCCCCUGUUCCUUCAUGGACGCAGCCCUCAACAACCAGCCGGUCCCCCCAGACGCAGUCAGGAUGGUGGGCAUCCGAAAGGUGUCUGGAGAGCACCUGGGAGUAACGUUCCGAGUGGAGAAUGGUGAGCUGGUGAUAGCCAGGAUCCUCCACGGUGGCAUGAUUGACCAGCAAGGCCUGCUCCACGUGGGCGACAUCAUCAAGGAGGUGAACGGCCAGGAGGUGGGCAACGACCCCAAAGUGCUCCAGGAGAUGCUGAAGGAGGCCAGCGGCAGUGUGGUGCUGAAGAUCCUGCCCAGCUACCAGGAGCCACACACACCAAGACAGGCUUUUGUAAAGUGUCACUUUGACUACGACCCGUCCCAUGACAACCUGAUUCCUUGUAGAGAAGCCGGGCUGAGCUUCUACAGCGGAGACAUUCUGCAGAUUUUCAACCAGGAGGACCUCAAUUGGUGGCAGGCCUGUCACAUAGAGGGAGGCAGCGCAGGUCUAAUUCCAAGCCAGCUGCUUGAGGAGAAGAGGAAAGCGUUUGUGAAGAGAGAUCUGGAGCUCGUUAGCACAGGUCCUCUAUGUGCUGGGAUGGGUGGGAAGAAGAAAAAAAAGAUGAUGUAUUUGACCACCAAGAAUGCAGAAUUUGAUCGCCACGAGCUGCGGAUAUAUGAAGAGGUAGCCAAGGUCCCGCCCUUCAGAAGGAAGACACUGGUUCUGAUUGGUGCUCAGGGGGUUGGCCGUCGCAGUCUGAAAAACAAGCUGCUGGUGUCAGAUCCCCAGCGCUAUGGCACCACCAUCCCCUUCACCUGCAGAAAACCAAAGGUGGAUGAGAGGGAUAGCCAGAUGUACUCCUUCAUGACGCGUAGCGAAAUGGAGUGCGACAUUAAAAACGCUCGUUUCUUGGAGCACGGCGAGUAUGACGGGAACCUGUACGGCACCAAGAUCCACUCCAUACACGAGGUGAUCGACACGGGAAAGAUCUGCAUCCUGGACGUCAACCCACAGGCUCUUAAAGUCCUGCGGACGUCAGAGUUCCUGCCAUACGUUGUUUUCAUUGAAGCCCCGGAUUUCGAGGUUCUCAAAGCUAUGAAUAAGUCAGCAAUGGAGUCCGGAGUGGUUACAAAGCAGUUAACGGACUCUGAAUUAAAGAGGACGGUGGACGAGAGCGAGCGCAUCAAGCGGGCCUACGGACAUUACUUUGACCUCUGCAUCGUGAACGACGGGCUGGAAGCGGCGUUCCGAAGUCUGCGGUCGGCUCUGGACAAACUGUCGACGGAGCAGCAGUGGGUUCCCGUCAGUUGGGUCUUCUGAAGGCCACCGAGAGCUCACCAGCAAGGUGCCGGGUCCACAGGUCGAAGGUCAGAGGACGGGUUGGCAGCUCCAGAGGGGGGUGUCCAUGCAGACCUUGCUGGUGGAGGUCCGUAAUGACCCGCCUCGUGUAGAGCGUCUUCGUACAAGCUCGUGUUCCUCUGCCGAAUUUGACAUUCGGCAGUACUUUAUUUGUCAGAAUCGGGAUAAUUUUAUUGAUAUUUGUUGAGAAAGAUUUAGAGUUGAUUAUGAGGUGUAGUGCAAUAGUGUGAGUGAGCGUGUGUAUAUUAUAAUAAACGUGAAAAUAGACCUGAUCGCAAUGCUCUAUUGAAGGUUUUUCGUUUGUAUUGAACUUUUGAGCCUUUCCUACGUUACGUAGUGUAUGUUUACAUUGGACCGGGAGGACAGAUUUGUGAAGGAAAGAUACCAAAUGUUUGUGAUAAAAACUCAAUAUUGUACCAUU